ACUUCCGGUUCCAAACUUCCGGCCGCCGUAACUCUGCACUUGAAAAACGAGCGAAAGGAGCGUGUGACGGAGAAGUCCAGUACCUGCGUCCAGUGUGACGGUCCAGUUUAAGAUUUAAUCAAAGCGGGACUCUUUGGAUUUUCGGACGCUAUUUUUUUUGUUUGUUUCCAGGUUUCUCAAGCAAAGCUAACUGACAGCCAGACUACAUCUGGCAGGGCGUUUUAAGGAGUUUUUGAGCGGCAUUACAGGGGUGUGAGAGGGAAUGGCAGCUCCGCGGCCCAUUAAAGGCAUUUUAAAAAAUAAAGCCAUCACCAAACCGUGUCCUGAAGUUCCACUUGAGAGCACUGAGCCGACAGGGUCCGGCUUCACCGACGAUGAUCAACAGAAGAAGUCACAGAAAUGGGACGAGAUGAACAUCCUGGCCACGUAUCACCCAGCUGAUAAAGAUUACGGUCUAAUGAAAAUCGAUGAACCAAGUACACCAUAUAACCGGAUGGUAGGUGAAGAUGAUGAUGAUGAAGUGCACAGCGAUUCAGAAGGUAACGCUGCCCUCACUGUGGACGACCUUGCCAAGAAACUGGCAGCAGCUGAAGGUUCAGGCCCUCGUUGUAUGAAGGAGGAAGAGGAGGAGAGCAGUGAGGAGGAAGAGCAGCUCAGUCCGGAGGAACUAGCCAAAAAGAAGCAGUUUGAGCGGAUGAGGAAGAUGCACUAUAAUGAAGGACUUAACAUUAAACUGGCCAGACAGCUGAUCGCCAGAGAGCUUGAGGAGGAGGAGGAGGAUGAAGAGGAGGAUGAGGAGAUGAAGGAUGACACGGAGACAGAAGACAUUAAUGUAGAUCCUCCUCAAGAUGCAGAUUCACUGGAGUCAUAGGCAAGGACAUAGUGCUUUGGGAAGAGUCUCAGAGGCUGUGAUUGAGGACACGCUGCUCCCUGAUGUUCCUUUUGUAUUCAACACGCAAUGCAAUGCAAAACCACACCGACCCGCCGGCUGCUCCGUCUGUUGCCAAGAGUGUGUCGUGUUACUUUUGUCUUGCAAGAAACAAAGGCCUAAAGACUGUUAUCAGAGAGGCAAAGUCAUCAGCGAUAACCAAGCCACUGCUUUCACUUUUUUUUCCGUUGUUUUAAAAUUUAACCUGCAGCUACAAUACUGCAGUGUUAGGACAAACUAAUAAAGCCCCACAUAUACCUGCUAAUGUUUUCGCCUAAAAAUGGCAUAAUCGGUAUUUUUCCAUGUUUAGUUGGCAUUUGUCCACAUCGCUUAGCCAAUCAUUAAUAAUUCGUUUUGAAUUUGGAUUGCCAUGGACAGUCCACUGAAGUGAAUUUGUCUCUCCAAUCAGAUCAGUCACCACAAACAGACUCUUUGCUCUUCAUGUAAAAAAAAAAAAUAGCUUUAAAUAUUCAGCAGUUAGACACCUUUAAUAAGAUGUUUAAAAAAAAGCAGCACCUAAAUGUAUUAAAAGUACAUUUACAUUAGCUAGCCUGCUAACAACCGAAACCUACAGCAUGCUACAUAGACGUGUUUGAGCCAACCUUGGUGUUUAGUUGGCGUUUAUACACUAGUUGUAAUCCUAUGUGGCAUCGCUGUUCUCACUAAUAUUUAAUCACUUUUAAAACAGCGUCCAAUAUGGAGUCAUUUUUGUGCUAAAUGUAUUAAAGCAACAAUCAAAAAAAGUCCUUUUGUUUACCUCAGAUGUUUAGCAUAUAAUUUUUUUUCUCUAAUGAUAACGAUUUCUGCAAGCUCUGACAAAGAUUGAGAAGUUUAACAUUUCUUUUUAUUCCCACUUAACCCUUAAACCUUAAACCCACUUAACCAGUCUUUAGUUUAAUUAUUUAUUAUUUUUAUAUUAUUAUUAUUGCUCAUUUUUCCUGAUGGUUUUUGAUUUGCAUAAAUCUGCUUACGUAAAUAUCUGCUCAGAUGAUCUGCUUCUAGGAGCAAGUAUUUUCACUUCCCUCUUCCGAGUCUAGAUUGACUGUAACCCUGUAAAUCUACCAAUCCUGGAAGUGUAAAACAUUAGCUAACAAGAGCUCUGGCAAAUUCUUUUCCUACUUUUUACUGCAUUAUUGUUUCUGUGGCAAAAUCUCAUCCGCCGAGACGUGUAUAACAGAUUCUCCACAUAAACAGAUUUUAGACAGUAAUCACUUAUAAGUUCUGUAUGAGGUGAUGUUUAUUUAACAUUUCUGGAAGGAGUGUCCAGUGUCAGCCUUUGUGCAACAGUCAGAGGUAGAGCAAUAACUAUAAUCCUUUUUCUUUUUUUGUCUUAACGGCACAAUGAAAUAGAUGAGGAACAUUUGUAACUAUGAACUUAUGAAAGAAACUAUCCUUAUAAAAUUAAUUUGCUGUUAUGCAAAAAGAAUGAAAUGCUUGCAGAUGAUGUUUUUUGGAUGUUGAUGGGGUGUUUAUAGGUUUCAGUACUAAAUACAUUUGCCACUAAAAUGACUCCAUAAUGGACCUUCUUCUUUUCAUCUAAAAAGGUUAAAUAAUUUGGGAGAGGUUAAUGCAGGUUACUAAUGAGGAAAUGAAAUGAACCGACAAAAAUGACAUGUACAUGAAAUCUGUUUUUUUUGUUGUUUUGUUGUUGUUUUUUUCUUUCCCUCUUCCCCCACGUUUGGUGUGUGAAGUGUAAAACUUUUAGCCAGUGCUUUAAGUGGUGCACUGGAGCUUGCAUUACUGACACGUAAUAUAAACUUCUAGUCAGCGCUUUGGCGUGGUGCAACAUGCACAGGGGAUUUAUGAUUUAUAGUUCAGUUUUGACUACAUCAUGGCUCUAACCAUUAUAAUGUAUUUCAUGUCUACUGUACACACAGCUAAUGAAUUUCGCUCUCUAUUACAUGAGAGCUGGUUACAUACAGCUGUGCCUGAUGUUAUGAAUGAAACAUUUCAUAACAUGAUCAAGUAAAACUGCAUAAACUACUGAAGAUGAAAGGGGAGUUAAGGAAUUGAAAUUCCAGAGAGAUUUGGUUGUGUCCCAAAUGCUAGGGAAAUUGAAAUGAAUGUGUGAUUUUGGGAUGCUGUAUAAAGAUCUAACCUGCCUGAUAAUUACCAUGAAUGCUCAUACACACCAGGAAGUCCUGUGAUUGAUAUUGACUAAUUGAUAUAAUCAGCAUUUGGGACAAAGUUGUUUUAUCUUUCAUGUUUUGCCAAUUCUGUUUUUUUUUCCUUCAUAUUUCACACAUGGACUGUUUUUCUUUCUUUACAAUAACAAUGUUUCUUCUUUGCAACACCACUACAGCAGGUUUUUGCGCUUUAGUCUUAAGUUUGUGUGUACUGAAAUUAAUUUAUUAUCAUUAUCAUCUAUUCUCUCCCUGUUUCUCAUAUUAUAUUGAAACAACAAAGUGCCACAGCCUGCUUGUUACACUACCAUUCACAGCUAACUAAAAUAUGGUGGAAUAAAACACAUCCACUAGUUACUCUGUGCUGCUACUCCCAUGCCCCCUGGUGGAGUAGUGAUGGAGUGAAUGAUCUAGUGAUGGUGGGAUAGAGGGAGGCAUUGAGGAAAUGAGUAAGUCAGUGAGGGAGCGAAUAAGUGAAUGAUGGAGAGGAAACCGGGAGAAUGAGGAAGUUGAUGAAGGAGUUAAUUGUUCAAGGAGCAAGUGCAUAAAGCAGGGGAUGCAUGAGAGAGAGAGUGGCAAAUGAAGCAAGUGAAUAAGUGGUGGAGGAAGUUUAGAUUGAGGUGGUGAAUGAUAGAGGAAGAUGAAUAAAUAAAUCUCUGCAUAUUCCUUCAAAAGAAGGGCCUGUAGGAGAACGUGUUCCUCACACCGACUACUGAAUGAGACACACUUUCUAUAAAGAGCACACAAAAUGCUGCUUUCCUUCACUUUUUAUCCUGCCUCCUCCUUCCCUUCCUCUCAAAGAUCACUUUUCUUAAACCUACCCCCAUAUCAUCUCACCCUCUACCUUUAAUCCAGAUGUAAAAUCAUCUUUAAUAUCUGAAGUUUAUGGCUCCAUUUCUGGUGCUAUGAGACUAAUGUUAACACGUAAUGGAAGUCAGUCUCAAUCAUAAUCUUUAUAGUGGAACCUCCUGAUAUAUGCACAAUACUUCAACCUGUAACUGUAUUCUGGAAUGUUUAUUUACAGUGGCCGCCAUAUUGGGCAAUUGAAGUUUACUAUCGCUCUGCCCACUUAGAUCCCACCUUCAAAGCAGUAAAAGUGAAGUGUUCCACUGUGAACUUAAAUGUGUAAAUACUCUACUAUAUACUCUCAAUGCUUUUACACUUUUGGUUUACUUUUAGAUAAUUUUGUGGAGGUUAAAUAUGUCAGUUUGGGUGUUUCUAUGCUGAAGACUGACUUCCAUUACUUGUUAGCUUCAUAAGCCUCGGCACUAUUGCAGGAAUCAAACACGUCUAGUAGGAUUGUCUGAACUGCUCCUCAAGUAUUGGCUCCUAGUUUUUUAAAUUCAGCAAGUAAUUUUCUGCCUCUCAGUAGCUAACUUAACGCUGUAAACACUGAUUGCUGCAGUGUGUGUGUGAGUGAGAGAGAGAGAGAGAGAGAGAGAGAGACAGCAAGAAAGAGCCAGAACAAUCUUUAGUGUUGACAGUAUUGUUGUGAGACAUAUGACAGACAUUAGACGCUAAAAAAAAGCACAUUUCUAAACUGAAGAUCACUUAAAAGUGCUGGACGCUUGAACAGAUUCAGUCCAAUCUGAAUCGGAUCCUUAUGAAGUGUUCAGUUUAUCUUUUACUCUUUUUUUCUGUCCUCAAUCUCUCUGUGGGAAGAAAAAAAAAUCUGAACAUGAUUUUUGCAUUUCACCUGAUUUCUAAGAGUGUGAGAGAAAUAAAAUUGGAUGUAAACCCCUGUGUAAAUCUGUAAAUGCUCAUAUUCAUGCACUAUAUUUUUAAGCUCUGUCCAUCGGUUGCCUUUUAUCUUUUUCUUUCUUUUUUUUUUCUGCCAUUUAAUAGUGUUUCCUCCUGAAAACGAAAAGCAGAUUUGCAUCAUUUUUUAUGAAGUGUGACUGCAUGUCCCUCACCAUGACAAGGUGUAGAUUAUUUGUCAUUAAUAAAAUAUGUUGAUAUGA